ACAGUCGGAAUGAUAUGGAAUAAGUCAACACUACCCACAGUCCAAUGACAUCUGAUAUCAAGCACUGAAUUUAUUUACAGGUACUUAGACACUUCCCCUUAAAAAGGACAUUUUCAUGGUCGCACUUUGGUUCACACCUCUAUUGUUGCCGUCAUCCAAGCACUGGACCUCAUCACUUGGAUGCCAGACUAAAUAAUUCUGCUCAUGAACUUGCUGAGAAGUCUGUUGCUUCGGUGGGCAUUUUCUGGAUAGGGUAAUUUCAGGAGUUCUCAUACAAAAAGGGAUUCAAAGAUUGUCGGCCUGCGUACUUCGGAGCUGGGCUUUUCACUGCUGCCAAGGACGACUUUGCUGACCAAAUCGCUGGGUCCGCCGGUACAUCCGAGAGACUACCAUUGAGAGAUACCCUCCCUGAACUCAUAUCUUGGAUUCUGUGAAGUGGCCUCCAAUAAAGGAGCCAUAACAUCCACUGAUAAGAAACGUGUGGGUGGGACAAACCUGAGAGACGCAUUCCAGUUACCAAGCUACUGAAAGGAAGUUGCUGGACAAUCUUUGAGAGCCCACUUCAGAAUUAGCACAGUACCUCUCCACAUUCAUAGCAGACCAGGAUUCUGAAUAAACUGAAACUUUGACAUGGAGAUUAUCCGCAUUGUUGUAUUGUUGGGGGUGGUGCAUGGAGUUGUCUCAGCGCGUGGAGCGACUCGAUCUUCGAUUUCUAAGGUAAUCAACCCGGCUGAAGGUCCAACUUCAAGCCCUGAGGGACACUGUGGAUCGUGCUGCAUCCAGGGCCCCCCCGGCCCCCCAGGGCCCCCUGGUACUCCAGGAGCAGCUGGUAUGCCGGGCAUCCCCGGUAACCACGGCAUGAAUGGGAUUCCGGGCAACCCCGGCCCCAAGGGGGAUGCGGGCCAGCGAGGGGAGAUGGGGCCCCAGGGCAGCCCUGGCUCAAGCCUAGCGGGUUUUGCCGGUUUGCAAGGUCGGUCCGGGGAGAGAGGCUCCCCUGCCGAGCUGGAGGCCAACCUCCUCCGGCCGCUGUCGAGCGAGGCCAGCGCCGUGCCCCAUCCCCCGACCCGCUCCGCCUUCUCGGCUGCCCGCAUGACCACCAUCGUCGCCCCCAAGAACCGUGACCUCAACAUCCCCUUCGAGCACGUCUUCAGCAACAUCGGCAACCACCUGGACCCCACCACGGGCAUCUUCACGGCGCCAAAGCGAGGUGCCUACAUGUUCCUGAUCAACAUCCACAUGGCCUCCACCACCAACAACCCCUACGUCAAACUGAUGCACAACAACCAGAUGCUGCUGUCGGUGCACGACUACGACUCCAGCGACGCUUACGACUCGGCCAGCAACAGCCUCAUCGUGGAGCUGCAGGAACGUGACCAGGUCUGGUUGCAGCUGGACCAAGGCAACGAGGUCCACAGCAACACCAACCGCUACACAACCUUCUCCGGCUACAUGUUAUUUGAACUACCCUAGCCCCUCCGACACAUCCGCACAAUCACACCACGGAGGUAUUUAAAGAGUGAAGUUUAAACAUGUCUUGUGUACUGAAGCAAAGGUUAAGUAAAGUCUGCCCCAAACUAGUUAGGGAUGGGGUUGAAAUCAGUGUACAUGUAUGUAGCUGAGACCGUCACUUGUUCACAAGACCAGUCACAAGAACAGGUAACAGGGUGAACAAUGAAAAAAAAAUGCUUUUCUUGCAGUUUGUUGGAAUAAGCUUACGACUUAAAUUCAGACCGGAGGUCUCGUGAUGGUCCUGUGGGGUUUUGUAAUGAUCCUAAUGGGCCUUGACUACUACACCCCGUAGAUAUGCUAACAACACAGGGUCUCUAUGGUGGCAUUUUGGACUAAAUAUAACCCUCGGAUGGUGACAUUGCCUGAGUAGUACUCAGGACUGAGUGACAGCACUGCGUGGUCAAAAAUGGACAGUUUUGGGAGGAACAAAAGUGCACGUAAGAGCAAAAAAUGAAACUCUUGCCUAUUACAUACACGUAGAAGUAUGAAUGAUGUCACUCGGAAGAGGUAACCUGCUUGGCUGGUACUUUGCAGCUGAUUUCACAAUGAAAUAAAACAAAACAAACUCUGGGGAAAGGAGAUGCAGUAUUCAUUUGAGUAUUUGUGUAGUGUCCCUGUGCCCUUAACAUUAACAAUGACUCAUUGGUACAUAUACAUACAUGUGCGUGUACAUAUACCUCAAGUGUAGUACUCAAUAGAGGUUCACACCAGACUCAGAAACUAUACAAAAUUUGUAAGCAUUUGUUUAAUGUCAAUGCCAGAGGGGGCUGGGACGAAAGGGUCAUUCUAUAAAUUCAGGGUCCCAAAAGUGUGACAUGUUUGGGUCCCUGCUACACCUGACCUGUGUCUUUUGACCUGGACACCUGUCUGUCACUGAAAUUGAUUUUGAACUACAUGUAUUUCUCUUUGUUUAGAAGAGAAUUCACAUCUCUUUAUCACUCUUUGAAAUUAGGUAUGUGCUCUGAAUUUACAAAAAUCCUAUGUCAGACAUGACAGGGACACAAAAAGUGACCCCCUAAUUUACAAGAAUGACCCAAAACUUAAGGGAUUCUAAAAUUACAAUGUAACUGUGUAAAUCAUAAACCAUGACUACAAAAUUACCAGUUGGUGACCUCAUUAAAAUGGCACAUUACACAGGGAUGACAACAUGGUGCUGUUUGUACAUGUAUAUUAGAGCAUUUUAAGUGUAGAAUGUCACCAAAUUCAGGUACAUGUGUGUUGUAGUACAUGACCACAAUCAGUUGUACAUGUAGUUGAGACCAGACACAAGACCAUGCAC